UCCAGUUCUUAAAUCGUCGGCGGCCAGACUCUCUGGCAAGCGUGUUUGAGAAUGCGUGGUCUGUGUGGUCGCGUGUUGAAGUUUGUGAUGUAGUGGAGCGUGUUAUGAUCGCUGUUGUGACAUGAUGUAUAACUAACAGGCUAGCUUCGGUAAAGACGCACGGCAUUCUGUGAUCAAUAGCUGUUCUGAAGAGCCGAAGCCUAAGGAGACUACGGCGCCGCAGUACCACUGACAGCCGUUCCCGCUUCACUAAUUCAUCGUGUGUUGAAGUCAAAGUUAGGUGACAGCGUCAUGGUGCAGCUUCUGGUGCUCCCGCCGGCGCCUCCCGGCCAGUCUGGUGCUGUCGCCUUCGGCAAGCUCACCGAGCUCAGUCAGGUGGAAGUGGAACCUGUGGGCCGAUGGUUUGAGGCAGUGUACCAGAAUGCUCACACCCGCCACGUCUCGUCAGCAGCAUCAAUUGGUUCCGAGUCAUCAGACGAGGGUGAAGGCGGAAGCGUUGCAGAGGACCCUGCUGAGACGCAGUACCUGCUCAGCCUCGACCCCAAAGAGUGGAAGUCCCAAGACCACUACCGAGUGCUCGGCCUGCAGGGAAAACGAUAUGCUGCCACCGACCAUGACAUCAAGAAAGCCCACCGGCGCAAGGUGCUGCUGCAUCACCCCGACAAGCGGCGAACGGAGGGCGAGCAGGUCAGGGACCUGGACCGUGACUACUUCUCCUGCAUCACUAGGGCAUACGAAAUACUGGGCAACCCCGUGCGGCGACGUUCCUAUGACAGCGUGGACCCUGAAUUUGACGACGACAUCCCAACCAAUUGUGCAGAGUCACGGAACAACUUCUUUGCCACAUUUCAGCCAGUCUUUGAUGCAAAUGCAAGGUGGUCAACCAAGCGUGAUGUGCCUCCGCUAGGUGACGAGAAUGCCAGCCGUGACGAAGUGGAUCGCUUCUACCACUUUUGGUACAGCUUUGACUCCUGGCGCGAGUACUCAUACCUGGAUGAAGAGGAGAAAGAGAAAGGCGAGAACCGUGAAGAGCGCCGCUGGAUUGAGAAGCAGAACCGGGCAGCGCGGCAGAAGCGCAAGCGGGAGGAGAUGCAACGCAUCCGCCAGCUUGUCGACACGGCAUAUGCCUGUGACCCUCGAGUGCAACGCUUCAAAGAGGAAGAGCGUGAGCGCAAGCUGGCUCAGAAGCGAGCCCGACAGGAAGCUGCCAGGGCACGACAGGAACUUGAAGAAAAGGAACGGCAGGAGCGUGAAGAAGCACAGCGUCUGGAGCGGGAACGGCAGGAGGAGGAUGCCAGACAGCAGAGAGAGAAAGAGCGUCGGGAAAAGGAGAACCUUCGCAAGCAGCUCAAGAAAGAGCGCAAAGCCCUAGAGGCGGUAUGCACGGAGGACGGGCACUACGCAGCCGAUGCGGAAGAGCACGUCGUGCGUCUGGAGCAGCUUCACCGGCUCUGCCAACUGCUCAGCCUGGAAGAGCUGCAGCAGCUCAAUCAAGCUUUGGAAGCGGCCUCCAACGUGGAUGAGAGGAAGACAUUGUUUCUUGAAAAAGCCAAGGCCCUUGAAGAGCGUCUGGAGCGUGAGAAGGCAGAGCAGCUGGGUGGUGCUCAGAGUGGGCGGAGCCAAGGGGGAGGGGAUAAGGGCUCCGCCUCCUCCAGUUCAUCCUGGACUCCAGAUGACGUGCAGCUGCUCGUCAAGGCCGUCAACCUCUUUCCUGCUGGCACGGCCAACAGGUGGGAGGUUGUGGUGGCCUUUCUGAACCAGCACGGAGCCACCUCUGAUCGAACAGCCAAGGAGGUACUCGCAAAGGCCAAGAGCUUGCAAAAGCUAGACCCCCAGUUGAAGGAGGAGGCCAACCGCAAAGCAUAUGAACAGCACCAGAAGUCCUUGGGCGCCAAGGCUGAGGUGGCUUUCAAGGAUGAGCCCACCCCGUCACAGCGCUUUGACGGUGACGGUGCAGGCAGCAGCGUGUGGCAGGCAGAAGAGCAGCGCCUCCUCGAACAGGCCCUGAAAACAUACCCGGCGAGCACGCCCGACCGUUGGGACCGCAUCGCCGAGUGUGUGCCCACCCGUUCCAAGAAGGAGUGUAUGCGCCGCUACAAGGACCUUGUGGAACUCGUGAAGACCAAGAAAGCAGCCCAGCAGGCUGCUGCAGCAGCAGCUCAGAGUGGUCGAAAGUGACCAGCUGUGCAACGGCCUCGUAAGCUGUGACGGCACAUUGCCAAUAAAAGGAAAAUGCCUGCUCAAUCUACGUCAUGACUGUCACAUGUGUCCCUGACAUUGACACUGCGAGAGGGUGCUUAUGGAGGCAACUGCUAAGCCUGUGCUAGAUUGCGAGCUGUGCAGGGUAAAGUUUGCCGAGGAAAAAGAAAACUGGGAAUGAAAUGUGAGUGUGCAUUCUCAAAAGACACUUAUAAAGUUUGUUGCACUGUGCACCCUGUGUUCGUGCUGUUGUACGUGUGUGUGCAAUAAACUGCACUGCACAAUUUCAGCUUGUGUAGUCAUAUUUUCUUA